ACUCACCACUUCACCACCACCACCAACACACAAAACAUGGCUGCUGCAUCACUAGCCAGCGCCGCCGUGAUGCUGGCCGCGGGCUUCCCGCUGGUCGCCGCGCACGAACACCACAACGUGACCCACAUCGACCCGGGCGUGCCCAUCGGCGCGACCAUGUAUGUGCAUAUGACGCUGCAGACCUUUACGUGGGGCAUCCUGUUCCCCAUCGGCAUGGUGCUGGGCCUGACCAAAUCAAAAUACCACGUCCCCCUCCAGUCGGUCGGCAUCGUGCUCAGCCUCUUUGGGUCGUACCUCGGCCACCACCACGGCGGGCGCGAGUACCCCGCGACGGUGCACGGGCUCAUGGCCAAGAUCAUCUUCGUGCUGCUCCUCACGCAAGCAUCCCUCGGCAUCUUCCUCAAGCUCCACAUCAUGGAGACGACGGUGCGCCCGCACAUCCGCCGCGCGCACAAGGUCGUCGGCGUGCUCUACCCCAUUGUCGGGUGGACGCAGAUGCUGUUCGGCGUCGCGACGGCCCUCAACUUCUGCCGCGGGGGCAACCUCGGCCAGUGUGCCGCGCACUACAUCAUGGGCUCGGCCUUCAUCGCCUACGCCGCGAUCCUGGUCAUCAUGCUCAAUGUCGGCGGGGCGUGGUUGAAGCGCACUGGCUUCAGCCAGGAGAUGCUCGACAGCACGGUCAUUACAGUUUGGGGCAUCAUCAACACGUUCACCGAGCACCACGGCGGCCCGUGGACCCACAAGGACAUGCAGCACACGAUGAUGGGCGUGCUCUGGUGGGCGGGCGGCAUGCUCGGCAUGUUUCUCAGCCGCAAGGGCCAGCGCUCGUUCGUCCCGGCCAUCAUCAUCGUCUUCACGGGCUGGGGCAUGUCGGCGCACGAGCAGGACCUCAUGAUCUCGUCCAAGAUCCACGCGCUGUUCGGCUACGCUUUGAUUGCUGCUGGUGUGCUGCGUGUCGUCGAGGUGUGCUUUGUGCUGCACGACGGACCGAGCGACUCGGCGCACAUCCGCAUCUUCCAGCACCUCCCGCCGUACCUCCUCGUCCUCGGCGGCACGCUCUUCAUCUCGGCGACCAACGAGGAGAUGCACAACGCAAACGACCGCGGCAUCGACCACGUCUCGUACGCCCUGUUCGACUUUUCUCUCUCCUUCCUCAUCUACCUCGUCAUCACGUUCCUCGUGCACCUGUAUCAGAAUACAGGGCGGAAUGCGGCGGCCAACAGGGGAGGAGUGGACCAGGCCCCAGAGGCGGGCUACUCGCAGCUCGCGACCCGCGGCGGCGACCCCGACGCUGACGGGCCCGAGGCGUACGAGCUCACCGAGCACGGCAGCGACGACGACGCCGUCAAGAUUGGCGGCGAGGACGAGGUCGACUGGAUCGGCAACGGCGAGCACAGGGGAGGAGGGGGUGGCGUGCGGUUGUGAUGAUGUCGAUGUUGCCGCGCUCAUGCUCAUACCCCAAUGCGCGUCCCGCCGCGCCUGUAGCCUAUCGUUGAUAUCUAGACAUGUCAUGCGUUUGCCUGUGUAA